AUUAUAACAACGAGGACUUUGGAGAGUAAAAGAUAUCAUCGUUUUUUUUUGUAUCAUUAAAUAUUUUUGUUGUCAAAGAUAUAUUAUCAAACUGUUUUUAUACAAAAUGUUGCCAAUUAUCAGAAACGUUUGUUCCAAGAAUCUUAAUGUUUUAAAUCAAUUAUGUAAAAAAUCUGUACAAAUAUGUACCCAGCGAACUAUAACUUCAUCUCAUUUACCAUUGACUAUGUUCAGCGAAGAAGAACUUGCGUUUAAGGAAUUGGCCGAAAAGAUUUCUAAGGAAAAAAUUGCACCAUUAGUUAGUAAAAUGGACAACGAAAAUAAACUCGAUCCUGAAGUCAUUAAACUAUUAUUCGAAAAUGGGUUUAUGGGUAUAGAGAUUGAUCCAAAAUAUGGUGGCACUGGAGCAUCAUUCGUAUCGGCUAUCAUUGUUAUCGAAGAACUUGCUAAAGUUGAUCCAUCAGUCAGUGUAUUUUGUGAUGUUCAGAACACUCUUGUUGCUCUUAAUUUCAAAUAUUAUGCAUCAGAAGAAUUGAAAGAAAAAUAUUUUCCUAAAAUAGCUCAAAAUACGGUGGGUGCAUUUUGUCUUUCAGAAGCUGGAUCAGGUUCCGAUGCAUUUGCGAUGAAAACCAAAGCCGAAAAGAAAGGCGAUUAUUAUGUGAUUAAUGGAGAAAAAUGUUGGAUUACAAAUGCAGAACAUGCCGGAUUUUAUGUUGUUUUUGCUAAUGCGAAUCCUUCUAUCGGAUACAAAGGUAUUACUUCAUUUGUUGUUGAUCGUGAUACACCUGGUUUGUCCGUGGCUCGACCUGAAAAUAAAUUGGGCAUCCGAGCAUCCAGUACAUGUCCUGUGAUAUUCGAAGAUGUAAAAGUUCAUGAAUCACAAGUGUUGGGAAAAGUUGGCCAAGGUUAUAAAUAUGCAAUACAGACGCUGAAUGAAGGUAGAAUCGGUAUUGGAGCUCAAAUGCUUGGUCUGGCCGAAGGAGUGUUCGAUCAUGCUGUCAAAUAUACUCUUGAACGUAAACAAUUUGGUCAAAGCAUUUUUGAAUUUCAGGGAAUGCAACAUCAGAUUGCCAAAAUUGCUACCGAUAUUGAAGCUGCCAAAUUGUUGGUUUAUAAUGCAGCAAGAUUGUCCGAAGCUGGUCGUCCAUUUAUAAAAGAGGCAGCAAUGGCAAAAUUAUAUGCUUCCGAAGUGGCAGCGACAGCCAGUUCUAAAGCAAUCGAAUGGGUUGCUGGCGUUGGUUUUACGAAAGACUAUCCAUUUGAAAAAUAUUAUCGUGAUGCAAAAAUUGGUGCCAUUUAUGAAGGAACAUCGAAUAUUCAACUAAAUACUAUUGCCCGUUUAGUAGCCAAUGAAAUCAAGGAAAAAGCAUAAAUCAAAUCAUUUCAUCUUAUGUUCUACACUAAAUAAUUCAAUUGUAUUCUGUCUAUUUUAUUAUAAUAGAAUUUUUUAUUUU